ACACACACACACACACACACUGACACACACACACACACACACUGACACACACACACACACACGGUGUUGCCGAGGGACAGCAGAGUGCAUCACAGUCACAGUGCCGCAUCUCUGUCCCCACAGCAUCCGAAAUCAUGUAGACUCCAUGCAGGAGUCACUGCUCGUCCUUUACCGGAUCAUCAGAGUCAUUUCUCAGUCCCAGAGUCCCGGGGAGGAGGAUCGGGAUGGCCGGGGGUCGCAGAGGACUCGUGGCCCCUCAGAAUACUUUCCUAGAGAAUAUCGUCCGGAGGUCCAACGACACCAAUUUUGUUUUGGGGAACGCCCAGAUUGUGGAUUGGCCCAUUGUCUACAGUAACGAUGGAUUCUGCAAGCUCUCAGGCUACCAUCGAGCUGAAGUCAUGCAGAAGAGCAGCACUUGCAGCUUCAUGUAUGGGGAACUCACUGACAAGGAGACGUCUGAGAAAGUGCGCGAGACCUUCGAGAACUAUGAAAUGAACUCCUUUGAAAUUCUCAUGUACAAGAAGAACCGAAUGCCUGUGUGGUUCUUCGUGAAGAUCGCCCCCAUCCGCAAUGAGCAGGACAAAGUGGUGCUUUUCCUAUGCACGUUUAACGACAUCACUGCGUUUAAGCAGCCCAUUGAAGACGAUUCAUCUAAAGGAUGGGCUAAGUUUGCCCGUCUCACCCGUGCUUUGACGAGCAGCCGUGGCGUCCUUCAGCAGCUGGCUCCUACUGUUCAUAAGGGAGAGAACGUCCACAAGCACUCUCGUUUGGCUGAGGUAUUGCAGUUGGGAUCAGACAUCCUCCCCCAGUACAAACAAGAGACACCCAAGACGCCACCCCACAUUAUCCUGCAUUAUUGCACCUUCAAGACCACCUGGGACUGGGUGAUCCUCAUCCUCACCUUCUACACGGCCAUCAUGGUACCCUACAAUGUCUCCUUCAAGACCAAGCAGAACAACGUCACCUGGCUGGUGGUGGACAGCAUCGUGGACGUCAUCUUCCUCGUGGAUAUUGUGCUGAAUUUCCACACGACGUUUGUAGGGCCAGCUGGGGAGGUGAUAUCAGACCCGAAACUUAUCCGCAUGAACUAUGUGAAGACCUGGUUUGUCAUCGACCUGCUUUCCUGCCUACCCUACGAUGUCAUCAAUGCUUUUGAGAAUGUAGAUGAGGGCAUUAGUAGUCUCUUCAGCUCUCUGAAGGUGGUGCGACUCCUGCGUUUGGGCCGUGUGGCCCGCAAGCUGGACCACUACAUCGAGUAUGGAGCGGCAGUGCUGGUGCUGCUGGUGUGUGUGUUUGGCCUGGCUGCCCACUGGCUGGCCUGCAUCUGGUACAGCAUCGGUGACUACGAGGUCAUCGAUGAGGAGGCCAAUGUGGUGCGCACUGACAGCUGGCUGUAUCUGCUGGGAGAGGCAGUGGGCACACCAUACCGCUUCAACACCAGCGGUACAGGCAAGUGGGAGGGCGGCCCCUGCAAGGACUCAGUCUACAUCACCUCACUGUAUUUCACCAUGACCAGCCUGACCAGCAUCGGGUUUGGCAACAUCGCCCCCACUACGGACGGGGAGAAGAUUUUCGCUGUGGCCAUGAUGAUGAUCGGAUCCCUACUGUAUGCCACCAUCUUCGGAAACGUGACCACUAUCUUCCAGCAGAUGUACGCUAACACUAACCGCUACCACGAGAUGCUGAACAGUGUGAGAGAUUUCCUGAAGCUCUACCAGGUCCCUAAGGGGCUUAGUGAGAGAGUCAUGGACUACAUUGUCUCCACUUGGUCCAUGUCCAGGGGAAUCGACACCGACAAGGUGUUGCAGAUCUGCCCAAAGGAUAUGCGAGCGGAUAUUUGCGUCCAUCUCAACAGGAAGGUGUUCAAAGAGCAUCCUGCGUUCCGCUUGGCUAGUGAUGGGUGUUUGAGGGCUCUUGCCAUGGAGUUUCAGACCAUCCACUGUGCUCCAGGGGACCUCAUCUACCACGCAGGUGAAAGCGUGGACAGUCUCUGCUUUGUGGUGUCGGGAUCCCUGGAGGUCAUUCAAGAUGAUGAGGUGGUUGCCAUAUUGGGAAAGGGUGAUGUGUUUGGAGAUGUGUUCUGGAAGGAAUUGAACUUAGCGCAGGCCUGCGCCAACGUCCGUGCGCUAACCUACUGUGAUCUUCACAUCAUCAAACGUGAUGCCUUACAGAAAGUCCUGGAGUUCUACACGGCCUUCUCGAAUCACUUCUCACGCAACCUGGUGCUCACCUACAAUCUGAGGAAGAGGAUAGUCUUCCGCAAGAUCAGUGAUGUGAAGCGUGAGGAAGAGGAGAUGCGGAAAAGGAAGGAUGAAGCCCCUCUCAACCUUCCUCCAGAUCAUCCAGUGCGGCGUCUUUUCCAGCGGUUCCGUCAGCAGAAGGAGGCUCGGCUGGCAGCGGAGAGAUCUGAUCAAGGAGAAGUGGACAUAGAGAAAGGUUCUGUCCUCAUGGAGAAGACUAUGGUCCAUGAAACUAAUGCUACAACCAGUAUCGUCACAGUGACCGAGAGCCCUGCCACACCUGAUGUCGCUUCAUCCUCGGCUUCAUCAGACUCUGCUUCAAGGACCUCAAACCAAGCCAAACUUCAUGCUCCUGUUGGCCAUGGUGGCAACCAAACAGGAAGUAAAUCCAGCGAACCUACCAAAUCCAAAGCUUGGGGUAGGUUUAAGGAAGCCACAGGGAAGGCGGAUCUCUCCUGGAGUGCCGUUUCCAAAGCUGAGUCCAUGGAGACCCUUCCAGACAGGACUAAGUUGCAAGGAGAGCUGUCGCUGAAGAAGACAGACUCCUGUGACAGCGGUAUCACAAAGAGCGACCUGCGACUGGACAACGUCGGCGAAGGAAGCAUCCGAACCCCUCAGGAGCGGAGCCCCAUGCAGGCUGAGGGGAAGCGAGCUUUCUAUCCCAUUCCUGAACACAACCUGCAGGCUUCUUUGCUGGAGCUAAAGCAGGAGCUGAGAGGUGACAUCCACUACUUGAGCAACCGCAUGGCAGUCCUGGAGGCACAACUAGCUGAGAUGCUGCAACUGCUCAAGGAAAGAAAGACUUCAGGAUGCUCACACCUGUACGAAAUAUCACGACCUGGGACUCCAGAUUCAGACAAGGAUAACGACAUGUUCUCGUAAACAGGCGUUCCGUGAAUAAGGUGUGGCGUUGACACUGUAACUGUGUUUUUGGAGAUAAGAUCCAUGGGGGUGAGUGCUCAAAUGGUUCAAUUUUAGCAUUCAAAUCUGUCCAAGUGUGUGGAAGGUCUUGCUGGUUAUUUACUGAGAUGUGGCCUUCAUUUUCUUUUGCCACUGUUGACUGGCAUUUUGUUUGUAGAAGGAUCUACAGGACUUUUCAUCUAUACAAUGUAAAACAACUGUUAACCUUUGGUUAAAAUUUCAAAUCAUAUUUUUUUCAGCUUUAGACAUAUUUUUUCACUUGUUUUAGGAACGAUGCAAGAUAUCAUUUAAUUCCAGCAUCUUUGAUUUACUGCUUCAUGUGUUUCAAUGUCAGUUGGACCUGCUCAGUUAGGAAGGCAAUAUAAUAAUUAAGAAAAAUAUUUUUCACAUAUAUUGCAAUCAGCAGGCAAACAGUGGAGCAGUGAAAAGAAUUGCACUGUUACAGAAAUGAAUGUCAUACACUGUCAAAUGGUUAAUGCAUGGCAGAUUUUUUUUCUAAUAGUUUUUAAAUAGAAAACAACAAGAUUUCAGGGUACGUAGUGGAAUAUAAGAGGUGGUAUUGUCUUGUGACCUGUCAAACCUCCAAGAUCAAGACAUUACAAAUGCUAUUCUGUAGUGUGAAUAAUGUGGUUUCUUUAGAUUUUUGUGUGUAUGACAACAUAUAGACAAAAAAAACAUCUGAUCAAAUAUUCAAAAAUGUUGAAAAUUGGACCAAUUUUUUUUUUUUUUUUUUUUACAACACACAUUUAAUAGGCCCAUCUAAAAAUAUACUUGAAUGCGUUUUCAACACCUUGAAAAUAUUAAAUAUCUGAGAUGCACUAUUAAUUAAAUUAAUUAAAUUUAAUUCAUUAAUUAAAGAAAAUAAUAAUGCGUAUAAGCAAUAUGGUGAUUAUAUUCUUUUUGAUGAGCAUGCUCUGGUGGUAACAGAAAUGAAACUAUGCAUGGAUCAGGUUUAGCCUAAUCACAGUAAAUACGCAUGUGAUUUGUAAUUAUGCACUCAGUCUUUUUUAACACGCUAACACAAUCAACAUUGUUUCUCUCAACCCCCACCACCCCACCCCUCCACUGUGUGUACUCUCAAUGCACUUCUGUGCUUUUAUACGGUAUAUCAUUUUGGGUUUUCAAAUGCAUUUCUUUCUGUUAUCAAAUUCAAAGGCGUAUUUGUAUGUUGAUUGCUAGUUAUAAAAAGUUAAGUGCUUUCGAAACAUUGCUACUUUUGCACUUAAAGUCUAUCUAGAGCAGUUUUAUAUGAUUAAUAUAAAUGAUUAAUAUGUUUGCACACAUUAAGAUCAAGUGUAUUUAUCAGUUUGUUGAUUUUUUAUUGCUUUUGACAGAGAUAUAUUCAAAGGUACCUUUUGAAUUGUAUAUUUUAAAUUCAUUCACAACUGUAGGUGACUCGCCGCAUAGCACACAACAUAGUGUACUCUGUUAUAACAUACCAGCCCUGCAUUCCAAUACAGUAUUUAAUAUCCCUUUGCAGUACAAGAAGAAUGCAGCUUCCAGUAGAAAUGCAUUUGCAAGCAAGAAGCAGAGCUUGAAGUGAUUAAAAUAAAUAUCAGUACUCCCCUUUUUAUGGAGAAGAAUUCCAUGCCAGAAUAAAAAGCAAUCACGCCAGUGGAAAAAAAACAUGAAACACAAUAGAAUAUUGCUUUUCAAGAGAGACAUGCAGAAAACGUACAACACACUGAAAAGCAAAACCUUCACUGCAUUGCUCUCUCAUCACUCGAUAUCUUUAAAGAAACACAAUCAACAGGGGAAGCUUUUUAAGAAUUAAAUGCUGAAGUGAAUGUAAUCCACUUUUAAAAGUAAUCCAUGCGGCUUCAUUGCAUUUCACUGUGCAAAUCAGUUUAAGAUUGUUUAAAAAUUGUUAAAGACCCUUUAAGCAAUCACCAUGGUGAAAAGAAAAUUAAAUAGAAUGCAAACUGUGUUGCUUUUCAUUAGCCUACAUGCGGAAAACAUUACAUACUGAAAAGCAAAACCUUCGUUGCAUUGCUCUUACGCCACGUGUACCGAGAGCUUGAGAAAUGUUUCUACUAAAAAUUUGCGUACUUAACAAAACAUAGUACUGUCCCCCUUCAGGCACUGAGUUGAAGUAACUUCCUUGGUGAUUUGCAUUCUCAGUUUGCUUCAAGCUAUAUUCAGAGUUGUAUUAACUAACUAGCUAACUUGCUAACAAGCUGGCAAAGAAAUGUCACCAGGUUAUGUGAGGUGUCAGGUGGAAUCAAUGUCAAACACAAUUUGAAUGUUAACCAAAUUAAAUGCGUUUUAUAAUAAUGCAUUUUUGAAACAUUCCGGGCCAAAUGUAUUAAAAGAACCCAAUUAUAGACAUUUUAGUGACAUAUACAGUAAGUGUAGUUGGUGUAGUGGGUGACUAAGAACGUAACUGUAAAUGAACACCUUGCCUAAUUAACAUGUGACUGCUGCAUUAUAAACCUGUUUUAAGCAUGUUUUCCUCUCAGAGAAUAAACCUUAGAAUUAGAUAUACUCUGUCACAGCAUGUUAAUAGGUUUUUAAGUCUGAAAAAGCUGAACAUCUGGAAAUAAAUGAACAGGAGUUGUGUCUGUCGCACUGAAUACUUCUGUAAAAUGUGCAAUAGUGGAAAAUUGUAAUUUUAUUAAACGAAUCUCAGCUACAGUACGUUGGAACGAACCUGAAGCCAGAAAGGGAACAGUGCCCAAGAACCCCUUUUAGUUUGAGGCUCCAAAUUAGAUCGGGCUUCCUCCAAUAAAUGUAUAAUAAUGUGACCUGGCAGACAAUAUGCUCACUACAGGCUUUUAUUGAUCAUCGCCAGUUAUGUUUUAAAUACUCUCUUUUUGGAAAUAACACCAGGUUUUGAUGGGUGUUAAAUAGUGUGUGCAGUCACAAUGUCAGUAUUCAGUGCUGAUAAAUUGCUAAUGGUGGUUUGUUAUAAUAAUAAUCUCUACCCAGUGACUCCCGUAAAUGCACAUGCAAUGAGGCAAAAGCACAAAACGGUACAUACUGCCACCUUGAUCUUAUUAAAGGUGCUAAAAGCCAAUUAAAGUGUGACAGUCAAAUUUGAACACAGUUUGCAAUAGUGCAAAAUGACAGCUGUUAUACUGUUACAAUCAUAUACAACUCUGUCCUUAAUGUCUUGGGUAUUUUAAAAAGGAUUGCAUCAUGCAACCUACUCCUGAAGUCCCACUAUCUAAACUCGAUCGCUCAGGCUGCCAAGACGUCAUAAAGUAUUUAAACAGCCUUUAAUGGAUGUGGGGAUUCCUUCAAGAGGAAAUGGAAGCGGAAGACAGCAAGGGAGUGUUAAACAGUGCUGGAACGCAGGGCUCGUCACAUGACUGUUUACAUGAUCAUGAGUGUGUUAAAGUGGGGAAAUCGUGGAACUGUGCAGUACGGUACACUCUUAGAAAAAAAAAAAGGUUAAAUCUAGAGGUCUUAGGCUUGUCCAAGUGGGGAACCCUUUUCCUUAUCUGUCAGGCUUUCAAGUAGAACUCCUUUUUAAGAAUCUAAGAGCAUUAGCUACCCAAAGAACCCUCAAUGGACAAUUAUAAGACUGAUAAUAAGAACCAUUGUAUUAAAAAGCAAUGUUUAAGAAUGUGAAACACAACUAUGUGGUUUAGUUUCAUGAAAGAAAUCUUAAAGAUUUAUUUUAAUCUAUAGGAAUGUUUCAGGAAAUGUUUGUAGCAGAGAGUAAAAUGUCCACUUGUAUUUUUCACAGCAGAAUUAUAAAACUGUAAAUAUACUGUAGUCAUAAUAGACUGUAAAUCAAUUUAAGAAAUAUGCCACACUGUCAGUUAAUGAACCCAAAGACAGCUGAGUUGCACUUAGGUGUGUUUUUAAAAUCCAUUGUAUAAGUUGAGAUUUCACUACCGGAGACUGAAUAGUUACAAAAGAUCAAUUUAGCAUGACCUUAUCAAUAACCUUAUUACAAAACAAGAUUUCAAGAGCAUUUUUACACACUGAAAUGGAAAAGGAAUGGCAUUCUUCUCUUGCAGCUCAAACACUGCUUCAUUUUCCACACUCUAUAAUCAGUGAUACAGCUCAGUGUUGUGGAUAAAGAAUUGACUUAUCAUGAGUUCUUGCAUCUCCUGUCAUUCUCACUUAAUCCCUUUGUAUAAAGUUUUCUUUUUUUUUUCCCUGCUCACAUUCAUCUGUCUAUAAAUGUAGAAACCAAAAGCACAAAGAUGUGGAUUGUUCAUACAAAAUGUCAAAUGUUCAAAUGAAUGAUUUUGUAUUUUGGAAUUGUCUUGACAUUUGUUGAUUAAAGGAGUAACAUAUCAAUCCUG